AAAAUAUAUGAUGAAAUGAAUGAAGAUUCUAAUCAUUCUGAUCUGAAAAUUUUGAAUAAUUUCGAUUUUGGUUUUUCGAGAAAUAAGAGUUACAAGAGCAUUCAUUUGCAUUAUUAAUCGUAUUAAGUAACGUAUUGACAUUGACCAAUCUUGUAGUCAAUAAUAAAUCGAUUGCGUGUUUUCGGUGAUUAAUUUGUACUUGGUUCAAAAUGUCCGUGGAAAUAAUCCCGAAAGAGCUACGUACUGCUCGUGCAUGUUUGGUAUGUUCGCUGAUUAAGUCUUUCGAACAAUUUGAAUUUGAUGGCUGCGAUAAUUGUGACGAAUUUCUGCGUAUGAAAAACAAUCGGGAGAAUAUCUACGACUGUACCAGCUCUAAAUUUGAAGGCAUGAUUGCAUUAAUGAGUCCAAAAGACAGUUGGGUUGCUAAAUGGCAGAGAACGGAUCGAUUUACGAAAGGAAUUUACGCCAUUUCUGUAGCUGGUCGUUUACCAAAUAGCGUUAUUCGUGAAAUGAAAAGUAGAGGAAUAGUGUAUCGUUCACGUGACAUGACCAACAGAUAAACAUUGAAGCUGUGGUUAAUUGGGAUACUGAUGAAUUAUUUUCCGAUCAUAUAAGUAUAAAUAUUUUGAACUGUUUAAAUUUAAGAUGUAAUAUUGUUUAUAUAAUGUUUUCAACGAGGAUUAAAAAUAUCCAUUUAUUGUUAUA